ACAGCCUUAGGAGCACUGCUGGGACACGGACUCUAUCCUGAGAACCUGCCUGGGUAUGGAUGUCAUCUUCGGUAGAAACAAGAAGGAGCAGGCGCAGCCCCUGAGAGCCCAGGUGAUGGGCCAGAUCCCAGCUUGGCUGCAGGGGACGCUGCUCCGCAAUGGGCCGGGGAUGCACACUGUGGGCGAGAGCCGCUACAACCACUGGUUUGAUGGCAUGGCGCUGAUCCACAGCUUUACCAUACAGAAGGGUGAGGUUCACUACCGGAGCAAAUACCUGCGGAGUGACACUUACAAGGCCAAUAUCGAGGCCAACAGAAUCGUGGUGUCGGAGUUCGGGACGAUGGCCUAUCCAGACCCCUGCAAAAACAUCUUUUCCAAAGCCUUCUCCUACCUGUCCCACAUCUUGCCUGACUUCACCGAUAACUGCCUCAUCAACAUUAUGCAAUGUGGGGAUGACUUUUAUGCCACCACGGAGACAAACUACAUCCGCAAAAUCGACCCGAAGACACUCGACACACUGGAUAAGGUUGACUAUCGGAAGUAUGUGGCUGUGAAUCUGGCCACAUCCCAUCCACAUUAUGAUGAGGCUGGAAAUGUUUUCAACAUGGGCACCUCGAUUAUGGACAAGGGGAAGACAAAAUAUGUGAUGUUCAAGAUUCCUGCCACAGUGCCAGAAUCCAAGAAGAAGAAGGACCCCUGGAAGCACAUCGAGGUGCUCUGCUCCAUCCCCUCUCGCUCCCACCUCUCUCCCAGCUACUUCCACAGCUUUGGGCUCACCCCUCACUACACCGUGUUCCUGGAACAACCUUUUAAGAUGGACAUAAUUGGGCUGGCCACGGCCUACUUCCGGGGGAAGAACUGGGCAUCCUGCCUCACCUUCCACAAGGAUGACAAGACCCACAUCCAUGUGAUAGAGCGGAACACAGGCCGGUCGCUGCCCAUCCAGCUGUACACAGAUGCCAUGGUCGUGUACCAUCAUGUUAAUGCCUAUGAGCAGGAUGGCUGCCUGCUGGUGGAUGUCAUCGCCUACUCUGACAGCAGCCUGUUUGACCUCUUCUACCUGGCCAACCUCAACCAGGACUUUGCAGAGAAUGCCAAGCUCACGGCCAUGCCCACCCUCAAAAGGUUUGCUGUGCCCUUAUGUGCUGAGCAGGUCCAGAGUGCAGCAGUGGGCUCCAAUCUCAUCACCCUGACAUCAACCACAGCCACAGCAGUGAAGGAGAAAGGUGACCUUGUCUACUGCAAGCCAGAGGUGCUGUGUGAAGGCUUGGAGCUGCCUCGCAUCAAUUAUGCUCACAACGGGAAACCUUAUCGAUAUGUAUAUGCAGCUGAAGUUCAGUGGAACCCUAUUCCCAAUCAGAUUGUCAAAUAUGACCUUCUCACAAGGACGGCAUUGAAAUGGGGCGAGGAGCACUGCUGGCCAGCAGAGCCACUGUUUGUGGCAGCACCCGGGGCUCAGGCUGAGGAUGACGGAGUCAUCCUCUCCACUGUUAUCUCCACUGACCCCCAAAAGUCACCAUUUCUACUGAUCCUGGACGCUCAGAGUUUUACGGAACUAGCUCGCGCCUCUGUAGAUGUGGAUAUGCACCUGGACCUCCAUGGGCUAUUUGUCCCACACACAGACAGCACUGCUGGGGAUCAGGUCACUCCCCCUCAAGAGGAGCAGGAGGAGGAGGAUGGGUCCUCUGGGGCCCAUGGAGGAGGUUCCAGCACUCUGCAGCAACUCUCCUUUGCUUUAUAAGUCAUGCAUAGUAUCUGUACUUUUUCUCAAUGAUAAAGAACA